AUGAUGAUUUUUGAGCCUGAGAGACGUGUCGAGCUGCCGACGAGCGAUGUGCUCUCGUAUAUUUUUGGCGAGUCGUCGUCGUACGAUCCCGACGGACCGUUGUACAUCGAUGUCGGCAAUCCCUCUCGCUCGAUAUCACGCAAUCAAGCCCGCAAGAUCGUUCGCCAGUUAAUCGCUGGGUUCCGCGCUGCUGGGUUGAAACCAGGCGACUGUGUUUCGAUUCAUUCGUUCAAUGAUAUUUACUACAGCAUGCUCGUGCUCGGCAUCGUGGGCGCCGGGGGCGUCUUCACCGGCACCAAUCCAUCGUACACACAGAGGGAGUUAGUUCAUCAUCUCAAUGUGGCGAAAGUAAAGUUCCUGGUCAGCGAGCCGGAGAUCAUCGACCCCCUGCUGGCUGCUGCGACCGAGCUGCAGAUCCCGCAAAGCAAUAUCUGGGUGUUUGAUGUCCAUGAGAAGCUGCCGGAUGGAAUGCGGUCGUGGACGGAGCUGUUAAAGGUUGGCGAAGAGGACUGGGUUCGCUUUGACGAUUUGGAGACUGCCCGGAGCACUACGGCAGCCAGACUGUUCAGCAGUGGCACGACCGGACUCCCUAAGGCGACGAUCAUCACCCACUACAACUUGAUCGGCCAGAUAGAACUGGUUUUUGAGUGUUAUCCAAAGCCAUACAGAACGUCUCGGGUUGUAGCGCUCCCCGUCUUCCAUGCUGCCGCCGUGCCCUUCUGCCAUUUCGGGACCAUGAAGACCGGUGAGCUGGUAUACAUGAUGCGUCGCUUCGAGCUGCAAGGGUUUCUCGAGGCGAUGCAAAAGUUCGAGGCCACUGACCUCACUGUUGUACCUCCCAUGGUUGUCGCAAUCAUCAUGUACCCCGAAUCUCACAAGCGGCCUUAUUUAAGGAAAGUCCGAGCCGCAAGUUGUGCGGCAGCGCCGCUCGAUAAAGACCUUCAGGCACGUCUAGCAGCCCUUCUGAGCGAUGGCGCUCCCUUCACGCAAGUAUGGGGCAUGACCGAGACGUGUUGCAUCGCGACCAUGCUCCCUUAUCCAGAACAGGACACCACGGGUGCAGUGGGGAGGCUGAUCCCGAAUAUGGAAGCCAAACUAAUUGAUGAUGACGGCAAUAACAUCUCUGCGUAUGGAGUGCCGGGCGAACUCUGUGUUCGUGGCCCGACAGUAACUCCUGGGUAUCUUGACAAUCCUGUCGCCAACAGCGAAGCGUUUGAUACCGAGGGCUGGUUCAAAACCGGUGAUGUAGCUUACUGCGACGCGAUCACUCACAGCUGGUACAUUGUCGACCGCAAAAAGGAGUUGAUCAAGGUGCGCGGCUUCCAGGUCGCACCGCCGGAGCUUGAGGCUGUGUUAUUAUCGCACCCUCAAAUCGUCGACGCGGCAGUCAUUGGGGUCACAUUUCCAGGUGCUGACAGCGAGUUACCUCGCGCGUACGUUGUGCGUCGGCCAGGGGAGGAGGGGGCCAAGUUGACGGCGGAAGCCAUUCAGCAAUACACAACCCCCCUACUAGCCAGAUAUAAGUCGCUGGCGGGAGGGAUCAAGUUCGUCGACGCGAUCCCCAAGAACGCGAGCGGUAAGAUCCUCAAACGGAUCUUGCGAGAAGAUAGCAAAAAGGAUAUCGAGACCGGGAUGACUCGACCAAAGCUAUAG